AUGCCACCUAUGGACUCCAUAUUACUGAUUUCUGUGGCCUUGAAUAGAGGAAUUGCAGCUGUUAAGGAAGAUGCUGUGGAAAUGCUAGCCAGCUAUGGCUUGGCAUACUCCCUCAUGAAGUUUUUCACUGGACCGAUGAGUGAUUUCAAAAAUGUGGGUCUGGUUUUUGUUAACAGUAAAAGAGACAGAACCAAAGCAGUUUUGUGCAUGGUUGUAGCUGGUGCGGUGGCUGCAGUGUUUCAUACCUUGAUAGCAUACAGUGAUCUGGGAUAUUACAUCAUUAACAAGUUGCAUCAUGUUGAUGAUUCUGUGGGAAGUAAAACACGCAAGGCCUUCCUUUAUCUUGCAGCUUUUCCUUUCAUGGAUGCCAUGGCUUGGACACAUGCAGGCAUUCUUUUGAAACACAAAUACAGCUUUCUGGUUGGAUGUGCCUCCAUUUCAGAUGUCAUUGCUCAGGUGGUUUUUGUGGCUAUUUUACUGCACAGUCACUUGGAAUGCCGAGAGCCCCUUCUCAUCCCAAUCCUGUCUUUGUACAUGGGAGCACUCGUCCGAUGUACCACGUUAUGCCUGGGUUACUACAGAAACAUUCAUGAUACUAUUCCUGAUCAUAGCGGGCCAGAGAUGGGAGGAGAUGCUACAAUAAAAAAGAUGCUAGGUUUCUGGUGGCCUUUGGCAUUAAUUUUGGCCACUCAGAGAAUCAGUAGACCUAUUGUGAACCUCUUUGUAUCCCGCGAUCUUGGUGGCAGUUCGGCAGCCACAGAGGCAGUUGCAAUUUUGACAGCUACGUAUCCAGUGGGACACAUGCCAUAUGGCUGGUUGACAGAGAUCCGAGCUGUUUACCCUGCUUUUGACAAGAACAAUCCCAGCAAUAAAAUGGUGAAUUCCAGCAGUACUGUUACAGGGUCACACAUCAAAAAGUUCACUUUUGUCUGCAUGGCCCUCUCUUUAACGCUCUGCUUUGUGAUGUUUUGGACACCUAAUGUGUCUGAGAAGAUCUUGGUCGACAUCAUUGGCGUUGAUUUUGCUUUUGCAGAGCUCUGCGUCAUUCCUCUUCGCCUCUUCUCCUUCUUUCCCGUACCAGUCACAGUAAGAGCACAUUUGACAGGAUGGUUGAUGACGUUGAAAAAGACUUUUGUCCUAGCUCCUAGCUCAGUACUGCGCAUCAUUGUUCUCAUCACCAGUUUGAUUGUGCUGCCUUACUUAGGGGUCCAUGGAGCUACUCUAGGUGUAGGAUCACUUCUCGCUGGCUUUGUAGGAGAAUCAACUAUGGUUGCAAUAGCAGCUUGUUACGUCUAUCAAAAACAGAAAAAGAAGAGGAAUGAUAAUGAGACUGCUACAGAAGGUGAAGACUCAGCAAUGACUGACAUGCCUCCAACAGAUGAAUUGACGGACAUCGUAGAAAUGAGAGAAGACAAUGAAUAAUAAAUGAAAACUCUGCAGGGAAAACUGGAAGUUUACUUCUUCUCUCACACUUUACUUUUCAUAAUGAGGCCUUGCUUCUGAAGGUUUCAGAUAAUGAAUUCAGAGCAUACCAAGUAUGCUGGCAUGGAUGAGGAACUUCAAGGAACAGUCUCUAUUUUUCUUCUUCCCCUUCCACCGAUUCUUUUUUCUCAUUUCAUGCAAUCGCAAAAGACAUGGCGGCUAUUCAGUAGAGGAAGCCUAUGUUCUUGGGACCUUAUCCUUCCUUGGUCAACCAAAGUCUCUCUGUUGAUUCAUGGAUUGUGUUGCCGUCCUGCAUCUUCUUCUUACCUGCCCCAUUUCUUUUUAUUAUCGUUAAUGAAAUAUAAAAAUACACAUGGGAUUUGUGGGGGGAGGGGAACAUUAGCUUUAUUUUGCUUGCUGAAACAUGACCUUACUCUUUUGAUCUGUACCAUGGUGGAUCCCUGAGAUUAGCUUUCUUAAUAUUCAGUGUAAUAUAUUGUAUACUGCUAAGACUACAAACAAGAUCCUGAGUCAAAAAAAAAGAAUUAGAGAUGAAAUAUCUUAAAAGAGACCUUGAUAAAUGCAGAAUAAGACUAAAUACAGGGUAACCCUUCUGCUUAAGAUUAAUUGUUAUCUAUGAUACAAAAGAGAGUUUUCCCUUUGGUAGUCAACUGUGAACCAUCUGUAUUACACUAACCUUGUAACUGUUUUCUAAAAACAAUUGUGGACCUUUAAAUCAGAAGCUUUAUUACAAUAUUGGUGUCUUAUCUAAAACUUUAUAUUUGAUAGUGUUGUUCUCAUAUUUGAUGCUAUGCAGGAUAAUGUGGUUGAGAUGAGGGACAAGUAUUUGUUAAUAGGGGUCUUUCUCAAAAGAAAUGUGCCCCCCCACCCCAAUAUUUAAACCAAAGUAGUAAUCUCUUGUGGGGUAGGGGAAAAAUAAGGCUAUUUGUACAAACUGCUAUAUGUGCUCACUUGUACAACGAAUAUAAUAAUAUAUCUUUUUCCUUUAGAAAACUUUGGAUAAGACUAUGUUACUUUAGGAGGAACUUGCCAAAAUGGAAUGGUGUUAAAUAAAUCAAAGCCUACACUGGGGAAAUGGUC